AUGUAUCCUCAGCACUGGAACUUGGACUCGAGCUCCAUAGAAAGACAUUGGUUGCGGAAAGCAAGAGAAGAGUAUGGUGUGAAGGUAAUUCUCAUCCAGGUCCAACAUUUCGAGGGAGAACACACCUGGGCGGACAGUUUCGCCAAGCUUCUCGCACUCAAUCAAACGCAAUAUGAGAGAGUCAUAAGUCUCGACUCGGACGCUGACGUUCUUGAAGUACGUUCAGAGGUACAAGAAGAUGUUCUUCCGCUCAGGCUGACACCUCCUAGCAUAUGGUCGAGCUAUUUCUCUGACCUCGUGCCCCUAUCCCUAUGCCCCGUGCAUACUGGCUGGAAGAAGGUCUCUCAUCUCAGAUCGCACUUUCAGACGUCGAUGGAGUCUGACUUCGACAUGGAAAUGGUCAACGAUCUCUAUGCCCGAGACUGCGUCAUCAUAACUCAUAGAACUUAUGACCUUCUUACAGGCGAAUUUCGCAAGAAAGAUCACCAUAGGUAUCUAGGGUCGACGACGGAGAAAUGGGAUGCAAAAAAGAUCUUGGCAGAGGACAAGUAUGUACACUUUUCUUACUGGCCAUAUCCUAAAUCGUGGGUCCCAAACUCGGAAGUGAAGAGACUGGAAUUACAACCGGACUUGCCUACGAGCCUGGUCAUGACUUGA